AUGUCUCAAGGUACUUUAUAUGCCCACUUAGGUGGAAGAGGUUUAGCUCUUGAAGCUUUGAUCGAACAUUUCAACUUAGAUUUCGAAGUUGUUGAAUGUAAAGGUAAUGCUACUUUUGAAGAAAAAUUCCCAUUAAAGAUGAGUCCAGCUCUUGUUGGUCCAAAGGGUGCUAAAUUGACUGAAACCAUUGCCAUUGCUUAUUACUUAGUUAACUUCAUUGAAGAUGAAAAAGUUAAAGCUAAAUUGGUUGGUUCCACUGAAAUUGAAAAGGCUCAAGUCUUGAGAUGGAUCUCUUUUGCCAAUAUGGAAGUUGGUUCCAAUUGGUUCAAGGCUUUCGCCUCAAUUACAGGUUCCACUCCAUUCAACAAGAAGGAAGUUGAUGCUGCUUUCGCUAAGUUAAAUGCCUACGCUGCUGCUUUCGAAGUAAGAUUAAGAGAUUUCACUUACUUAGCUACUGAAAAUGUUUCUUUAGCUGAUAUGCAAGCUGUUUCUACUUGGGGUUCUGCUUUCAAAUUACUUUUAGGUGAAGAAUUCAGAUCCAAGUACCCACAUUUAAUGAGAUGGUUCAAAACUGUUUCUGCUUCUCCAAUUAUGGCUUCCAAAUUUGAAGGUUAUCAAUUCAUUGAAAAGACUUUACAAUUUGUCCCACCAAAGAAGGAAAAGAAGGCUGAAAAGAAACCAAAGGCUGAACAAAAACCAAAGGUUGAAAAGAAACCUGAAGCUGAAGCUGAUGCUGAAGCUGCUCCAGCUAAAAAGCCAAAGCACCCAUUAGAAGCCUUAGGUAAAUCUACUUUCAUCCUAGAUGAAUGGAAGAGACAAUACUCUAACGAAGAUACCAGACCAGUUGCUUUACCAUGGUUCUGGGAACAUUACAAUCCAGAAGAAUACUCUCUAUGGAAGGUUGAUUACAAAUAUAACGAUGAAUUGACUUUAACUUUCAUGUCUAACAAUUUAGUUGGUGGUUUCUUCAACAGAUUAUCUGCUUCUACCAAAUACAUGUUUGGUUGUUUAGUUGUCUAUGGUGAAAACAACAACAAUGGUAUCACCGGUGCUAUUAUGGUUAGAGGUCAAGAUAAUGUCCCAGCUUUCAAUGUUGCUCCUGAUUGGGAAUCUUACUCUUACAGCAAGUUGGACCCAACUAAGGAAGAAGAUAAGGAAUUCAUUAAUAACAUGUGGGCUUGGGAUAAACCAGUUGUUGUCAACGGUGAAUCCAAGGAAAUUGUUGACGGUAAGGUCUUGAAAUAG